CCUGCUGAAGGCGGUCGCUGGGCCGGGGGGUGGGCAUGGCGUCGGUGGCGGCGCGGGGCCGGCGCUUCAGGGGCGUGGUGCUGCUCCUCCUCCUGGCGUCGGUGCUCGCGCCCCUCGUGCUCUACGGCGGCUCCCCCGUCUCCGUCUCGCCCCUCCCGGACUCCACCGUGGCGAGGGGCGUGCUCGAUCGGGAGGACGAGCCCAGUCUGGCGUGGCCGCAGGUGGUGGCCGCCUCCGACGUCUCCCUGGCCAAAGAUUUGACGAUUGAGAGGCUGGGCGAGCACAAGAACCGGGUGCUAUCGGCAACUGAUGAUUGGCAAGUGGUCGAGGCAGUGAGCAGGAACGUGAACCCAGCACUCGAGAAACCCGAUGCAAUUGUAUCGACGAAAGACCAUCGAUCAGGGAUUGCUGAUGAGGUGAGUACUGAAGGGAAUGGUGGCGGUCAGUCGGGGCAGGAUGGCGUUAUCCUUGAAGUUGUUGGCAGGGACAGAAGCUCAGAUGGAUUUAGUGAACCAGGGGAGAUCAACGAAGCUGAAGAGCGGGAUGGAGAAAAGAUUAAGGAGAUCAAGUCGGAUGAUGGUGUGGAAGGACAGAAUGAUGGAGCAGGUGAAACAGGGGUGAACAAUGUUGCUGGAAUGCACGCUACUGGAAACCUGGAUUCAUCCCUACAAAAGGAGAGGAUCGCUGAUAGAUUGUCCGAACAAAUUACAAAUACUAAUCUGAAAGAGUCUUAUACAAGGGCAAGUAACAAUAAUUAUGCUCUGCCCACAGCAACUGCUAUUCCUGGUAGUGCAACGACUUCCCCAGAUGCUACAAUCCAGACAAUCAAGGACCAAUUGACAAGAGCAAAGACGUAUCUUACCCUUGUAGCUUCUAGAGGAAAUCAUGGUUUCGCAAGAGAGCUUCGUGCACGAAUGAGGGAUAUCCAACGAAUGCUAAGUGAUGCUACCAGCAAUGGGCAGCUUCCUCAGAAUGUACAUAGAAAAAUAAGAGCAAUGGAGCAAACUCUGGGAAAGGUAAAGAGAAUUCAUGAUAGUUGCUCGGGUGCUGUGAACAGGCUCCAUGCAGCCCUUCACUCAACAGAGGAGCAACUCCAAUCUCAUAAAAAAGAAGCCAAUUAUCUCGCACAAGUAGCAGCAAAAUCUUUACCCAAAGGACUUCAUUGUCUUCCACUGCGGCUUACAAAUGAGUAUUACUCCACCAACACCAACAAUAAAAAAUUCCCACAUAUAGAAAAGUUGGAAGAUCCAAAACUCUAUCACUAUGCAUUGUUUUCUGAUAAUGUGUUGGCUGCUGCAGUGGCUGUAAAUUCCACCAUUGUUCAUGCUAAGAAACCAGCAGAUCAUGUCUUCCACAUCGUUACAGAUAGGCUUAACUAUGCUGCAAUGAAGAUGUGGUUCUUGGCUAAUCCCUUGGGUGAAGCAACUAUUCAGAUCCAGAACAUUGAAGAGUUUACAUGGUUAAAUUCGACCUACAGUCCAGUUAUGAAGCAGCUGGAAUCACAGUCUAUGAUUGAUUACUACUUCAAGAAUGGGCAGGCUAGGCGUGACGAAAAUCCCAAGUUCCGGAACCCCAAGUACUUGUCAAUUCUCAAUCAUCUGAGGUUCUAUCUCCCUGAAAUCUUUCCGAAGCUUAGCAAGGUGUUAUUCCUAGAUGAUGACAUUGUAGUACAGCAGGACUUAAGUGCGAUAUGGUCAAUAGAUUUAAAAGGAAAGGUCAAUGGUGCUGUUGAGACCUGUGGAGAGACCUUUCAUAGGUUUGACAAGUACCUCAACUUCUCAAAUCCUCUUAUCGCCAAUAAUUUUGAUCCGCGUGCCUGCGGUUGGGCAUAUGGCAUGAACCUGUUUGAUUUGUCUGAGUGGAGAAGACAAAAGAUUACUAAUGUCUACCACAACUGGCAAAGACUGAAUGAAAACAGGCAAUUGUGGAAGCUAGGUACACUUCCUGCUGGUCUUGUAACAUUUUGGAACCGUACUUUCCCUCUUGAUCACUCCUGGCAUCAGUUGGGACUUGGGUACAACCCAAACAUCAAUGAGAAGGAUAUCAGGAGGGCAUCUGUCAUACACUACAACGGGAACCUGAAACCCUGGCUUGAGAUUGGAUUGGCCAAAUAUCGCAAAUACUGGUCGAAAUACAUUGAUUUCGAUCAAGUCUUUCUACGGGAUUGCAACAUAAAUCCCUGAUUGACAAACACAGGUGUAUGGCCCCAUUCUUUUUUUUUAGUUGCUAGAUUUAUUCUUUACGCUCUGGGUUUUAAUCUGUCUAGAGCGAUAUUCUUUUUACCUGGGCACUUUUCUUCUGUAAAGGUACCGGCAAGUUAGUGGUAGGCUUUUAGAUCAGAGAGGCAUCCAAUUACAUAUCACGAAGGCUACAUCACAUUUUGCAGUUACUGAUGUUAAUAUAGUAAAUUAUUUGAUUGUA